AUGAAGUUCAAACAACAACUUCGCGAAGCCAUAGAUUUUCUCUUCACACGCGGUCCCGCUUCUUCCGCUGACUACACUCGUCUUAUACUUCAUUGUGCUCAAUCCAAUGACUUCAACCAAGCCAAGAGAUUACAGGAUGAAUCAAAAAAGAAAUCUUUAUUGGUUCUGCCUCGGGUUUUUUACGAAGCGAAUGAAUUUGUUUCUCCAAGGAUCCUAAAAAAAUGGGUCCAGACCUCUUGUGGGAAUUAUUUUCAAGAUAAUCGAUUCAAUCGCAACUUAGAAUAUGUAAUUCAAAGGUAUGAAAAUGAUAUUAUGAAUCGUAUACCUAUAAGGAAACAAAUGAUCAAUCAACGUUUCUCAAAUUUGAAAAAGAGUCAGAAGAAAUGCUUUGAUCCUCUUAUUUUAAUUUAUCGAACCGAGAGAUCUGUGAAGAAGGAUCCAAAUAGAUAUAAAUACAAAUGGUCCAAGGGGAGCAAGAAUUUCCAGGAACAUUUGGACCAUUUCAUUUAUGAGCAGAAUAGCCGUUUUCAAGUAGUGUUCGAUCGAUUACAUAUGAAUGCAGAUUCGAUUGAUUGGUCUGAGGUUAUCGACAAAAAAGAUUUUUCUAAGUCACUUUGUUUGUUUUUGUCCAAGCUUCUUCCCCUUUUGUCGAACUCACUUCCUUUUUUCUUUGUGAGUUUCGGAAGUAUGCCCAUUCAUAGGUCCCAGAUCCAUAUGGAUGAAUUGAAACGGAUGAAUGAUGCACUCGGGAAUCAGUUAUUAGAAUCAAUAGGUCUGCAAACAGUUCAUUUGAAAAAAAGGAAACCCCUAUUAUUGGAUGACUAUUAUACUUCUCAAAAAUCUAAAUUAUGGAUCAAUGAGAUAGCAAAUCAAGACAAUUGGCUGAAUCCUGUGAAAUGUUUUCAUGGAAGUUCAUUGAUUUCUUCUUUUUAUAAAGUCAAUCGACUUCGAUUCUUGAAUAAUCAAUAUAACUUCUCUUUCGAUUGUAACAAAAGAUUCUCUUUUUAUGGGGAAAGGUCCUGUAAUUAUGAUUUUCUGUAUGAACAAUUCCUCAAUGUCUUGUUCAGUGGAAAGAAAAUAUUUUCUUUGUGCGGCGGGAAAAAAAAACAUGCUUUUUUGGACAGAGAUACUAUUUCACCAAGCGAGUUAGAGGUCUCUAACAUAUUGAUAGCAAAUACUUUUCCGCAAAGUGGUGAUGACGGAUAUGAGUUGUACAAAUCUUUCCAUUUUCCAACUCGCGUUCCUAGAGCUAUUUACUCGAUCGCGGACAUUUCUGGAACACCUCUAACAGAGGAAGAAAUAGUGAAUUUUGAAAGAACUUCUUGUCAACCUCUUUCCGCUAUUAAUCUCUAUGAUCCAAAAUGGAAGAAGUUGCAUAAAUAUUUGGAUUUCGAUUCAAACAUCGAUUUGCUUGACACUGAUUUGCGUGACACUCUAUAUACUCUAUACUCUGAUAAAAUUUUACCAUCCGAAAAGAGAAAAAAACCUCUAAAAAAAUUCUUUAAAAAAGGGCAGAUGUAUAGAAACUUUCAAAGAAAGAGUUGUUUUUCAAUUUUUCUAUCCAAAUUGAAGCGAUUGUACCCGUAUAUAAUACCGUCGCUCCUUACCUGGACAGGGCAACAAACUCUACUUUUACCAUUUAUAGAGACUUUUUGGGAUCUAGUUGUAAUACUAAGGAAGAGUCCUAAAUGGAAAAAAUUUGUAUCUAUUUUUUCUCCUAGUAAUUUUUUACAUGGAGCCAAGGCAAUUCUUCGGGAAAUUGCACAACGGAACCGUAUAAGUGAGAUUUCGAGUAAGUGUUUACAUAAUUUUGUUGUAGACGUGUACGAAGAUCUUUUUCACACAAAUAAUGAGUCACCAUUCCAUCUGAGAUCACUAAAUAUUGAGGAGUUCCUGUUUUCAAUCCUUUUACUUCUUCUUAUUACUGGAUAUUUAGUUUAUGCACAUCUUGUCUGUGUUUCUGGAUUCUCUAACGAGUUACAGACAGAGUUCGAACAGGUCAAAUCUUUGAUGAUUCCAUCCUACAUCAUUGAAUUGCGAAAACUUCUGGAUAGGUAUCUUACAUCAGAACAAAAUUCUUUCUGGUUAAAGUCUAUUUUUGAAGUUGCUCUAGAACAAUUCGGAAAUUUUCUAGAAGAAAGAGGAGGUUCGCCUUCUGGCGGAAACAUCCCAAGGGGUAAAGGUUUUAAUCUCAUGGAUCUCAGAAGUAUUAUACCAAAUCCCAUCAAUCGAAUCGCGUUUUUGAAAAAUACGAGACAUUUAAGUCAUACAAGUAAAGCAAUCUAUUCAUUGAUAAAGAAAAGAAAAAGGAUGAAUAGUGGUGAUUGGAUUAAUGAUAAAAUAGAAUCCUGGAUCUUGAAUAGUGAGUUGAUUGCUGAUAAAGAACGAGAAUUCUUACUUCAGUUCUCUACCUUAACGACAGAAAAAAGGAUGGAUCAAAUUUUAGUGAGUCUGACUAAUAGUGAUGAGUUAUCAAAAAAUAACUCUGGUGCUUAUAUCUUAUACUUAAUAUGA